CAGCGGCUAAGGGAGUCACGUGAGAGUGGGCGGUGGACGCAGAAACCAGGCUUCUGCGUCUCUAUGGUUGUCAGAGGUGGCCGGCAUUUCCCGAGUUGCUGCUGAAGCUGGAGCGUGGACGGGAUGUUUCGUCUUAACACCCUUUCUGCAUUGGCAGAACUAGCUGUGGGCUCUCGAUGGUACCAUGGAGCAUCACAGCCCACACAGAGCAAACGAAGACUCAUGAUGGUGGCUUUCCUGGGAGCAUCUGCAGUAACUGCAAGUACUGGUCUCUUAUGGAAAAAGGCUCAUGCAGAAUCUCCGCCGUGUGUCAAUGGCAAAAAGACUGACACUGAUGAUAAAGGGAAGAAUAAAGAUGAAGGGGAAGUCUGCAACCAUGAAGGAAGGUCUGCAGAUGCUGAGGCCGAGCUUAAUCCAGAAGAGAAGAAGAAGAAGCGCUCUGGAUUUAGAGACAGAAAAGUGAUGGAAUAUGAGAAUAGGAUCCGAGCCUACUCCACACCAGACAAAAUUUUCCGCUAUUUUGCCACCUUGAAAAUAAUCAGUGAGCCUGGUGAAGCAGAAGUGUUUAUGACUCCACAGGACUUUGUGCGCUCCAUCACACCCAAUGAAAAGCAGCCAGAGCACUUGGGCCUGGAUCAGUAUAUAAUAAAGCGCUUUGAUGGCAAGAAAAUCGCCCAGGAGCGGGAGAAGUUUGCUGAUGAAGGCAGUAUCUUCUAUACCCUUGGAGAAUGUGGCCUUAUCUCCUUCUCUGACUACAUUUUCCUUACAACUGUUCUUUCCACUCCUCAGAGGAAUUUUGAAAUUGCUUUCAAGAUGUUUGACUUGAAUGGAGAUGGAGAAGUAGACAUGGAGGAGUUCGAGCAGGUUCAGAGCAUCAUUCGCUCACAAACGAGCAUGGGCAUGCGUCACAGAGAUCGUCCCACUACUGGGAACACCCUCAAGUCUGGCUUGUGUUCAGCCCUCACAACCUACUUUUUUGGAGCUGAUCUCAAAGGAAAACUGACCAUCAAAAACUUCCUGGAAUUUCAGCGUAAACUUCAGCAUGACGUUCUGAAGCUGGAGUUUGAACGCCAUGACCCUGUAGAUGGGAGAAUCACUGAGAGGCAGUUUGGUGGCAUGUUGCUGGCCUACAGUGGAGUGCAGUCCAAGAAGCUGACCGCCAUGCAGAGACAGCUGAAGAAGCACUUCAAAGAGGGGAAGGGCCUGACUUUCCAGGAGGUAGAGAACUUCUUCACUUUCCUGAAGAACAUUAAUGAUGUGGACACUGCAUUGAGCUUUUACCACAUGGCUGGAGCAUCUCUCGAUAAAGUGACCAUGCAGCAAGUGGCCAGGACGGUAGCGAAAGUAGAACUCUCAGAUCAUGUGUGUGACGUGGUGUUUGCACUCUUUGACUGUGACGGCAAUGGGGAGCUGAGCAAUAAAGAGUUUGUUUCCAUCAUGAAGCAGCGGCUGAUGAGAGGCCUGGAGAAGCCCAAGGACAUGGGCUUCACCCGUCUCAUGCAGGCUAUGUGGAAAUGUGCCCAAGAAACUGCCUGGGACUUUGCUCUGCCCAAAUAGUAUCCCACCUCCCACGCCCUUAGCACCCUGGACCCCCUGGAAUAGCCCUUCAUGCUGCUGCUGCUUCUGGGAGUAGUAGCCCUGACCCCCAUCUUUUUCUGGGAGUGACUUCUGGGCUAAUCUGGCUUCCCUCUACACCCUUUUGCUAGGCUCCGAGUCUGCAGUCAGUUCAAAGGUUCUGAAAAACCUUGAACAAGUCUUAAAAGUGGAGACCUUAGCUCCUUUAACAAGUGCCCUGUGGGGAAAGAAUGAAUGCAUGGGCCCUUCCCAAUACCUGCCAGCCCUGAGAGGCAUCUCACCCUCCAGCCUUUCUCGAUGUGGAUUUAUAUUAAUGAGAACAUUACCUGCUCUUCCUCCUCCUCCUUUUUUUUUUUUUUUUUUUUUAGCUGCAAGUUUGAAAAUACUCUGGCAGACAAAAGGAAAUCUGUGAUGAAUGAUAAUGAAGAUGACCCUGUCACCCUGAGCUGGCAGGAAGCCUGGCCAGAAGACGUAUCUAGACGUGGUGACUCCAGGAAGCCUUGUGUUCCCAGCAGAAUUCCAGAUUCAAAGUAGCUGUUUCAUGGUUCUCUAUGCUCUCAGGCCCUGAGAUGUCUCUGGGACCCUGCCUCACCUAACCUCCUUGUAUCACCUUCCCUCUCUACGGAGCCCAGACCCAGCUCAGAGUCUAUUUGCCCCAUGUCUAAAAUAUCACUUUAACUAUAACAGUUUGCAGUAAAUAUCCCCAAGGGCUCUUGUGUCCUUUCUUUUUAGGCCUUUUCUCUGGGCUCAUUUCAUUUUGUGUUUGUAGCAAUAGACCAUGUUUUUCUAGCCAGAAGCUGCAACUUUCUCAUCACAAGUAACUUGAGGCAGGGACAAAAAGUAAAGGUGCUUGGACAUUAGGGUGACCAUGUCCCAUCUCAGUUGGAGUGAAAUUUUCUUGAGGAUUAUAGUACAUGGUCCCUGACAAGAAAUUUACUUGUGGAUAGACUAUAAGCAUCCAGCAUGGUGGACCUGCAUUUUCAGAUCAAUAGCAACAGUGUCUGGUGGACUCAGCUCUGCCACUCACUCAGUGUGCUGCUGAGCUAGUCAUCUGUUCCCCAUCUGUUCCCUCAGCUAUUAAGUGGCAAGUUGAGCUAAAGGCACCCUAAGUUCCUUCCCAUGAGCCUCUGUUUCAGCUCUCCAGAACCUCUGGGUUCUGCCUCAGCUUGGCAUUCCACCCUAACCCAGAACACAGCCAGGUUUUACUAGGCAGCAAGAGCUAGGACCUCUGCCCAUACCUGCACAGGAAGGCAAAAGCCAGCACUUCCUCCAGGACCUCCUCCCUUCCACUUCUGAGAACGCUUGCCUCUCACUGAGUCAGCUGCUUCCUGCUCCUUAGACUCACUGUCUUCUCCACUCUGCCUGGCCUCUAAGUGUAAGCUUGGCUUGCUGGCUGCUCUAAACCUGAGGCAUCAGCGCAGUAUAAGUGGUUCCAAAUUUGUCCCAGAACCCAUGCAUGCUCUCUCCCCUGUUCCCCUUCUCCAGAAGUCCAUCCUUGGCCUGGGUGGGACAUUCACUUCUCUCCACAAGCAGAGUUCUUCAGGGAACAGCUGGGCUUUCUUAGCCUGAGGUUCAGUGUGAUCCAAGGAGACAAGAGGAGGAAUCCUAGAGACUGUUGCUAAGCAAAGGGAACUUAAGAAUGUGCCAUAGGUUCUGUUUUGUUUUCAAUAAUUUCAGUUGCUUCCCCCUACCUAGCUAUGACACUCUAGAAGCUAAAGGAGAGACAUGGACAGUAGCUGCUGCCACACAGUGAAGAAGGGACAUUAUGGGCCGGUGACCCUGUUGCUGUGGCUGUGCACCCUCUGCAAGGCUUACACAGACAGACCAAACCCACAGGGGCCAUGAGAAGCCUCAGAAAGUCAGACUGAAGCUGGCUUAGCUGUGGGCUUCCAUCGCCACCUGCUGGCAGAACAGCUCAGUUCAGAGAGAGUAGCUGUCAUGCUGGGUGGCUUGCAGCAUGGCAGAAGGAACUAUGAAGAAAGGAUCUAACUGCAGUUGAAAGAGGGGGAUAAUAUUAAAGUACUGGCUUCUGGCUUUAGAGUACCAGUGUUAAAUUAGUAAACGUGUGUUCUUCAUGCUGUUCUAGCUGCCAGCUGCUGUGGACCAGGCUUUGACCAAGGUCUUCCAGGAGCAUGCAUCCUAGAGAGGAAAACAGGGAGAGUUCCUCAGUAUAGAGAACCAGCCUGCCAUCUGAUCCCCACCUGCUUGUUCACAGCAGGCCUGCAGAAGUGGGAUUUGAGGUGUUUGGAGUCUGUUUGUUGUAUUAAAUAGACCUGUGAGUUGAGUAGGCGCUCCAAAGACAGAGAGGCAGGAGGGCCAUGCAGAAGCUGAGCAUGCAAAGGUCCAAAAGCCAAGUCCAUCUUGGAAAUGAGUGCAGAAUUGCUAGCAUGGAUUAGAGAGUGUUUUUUAAUUAUGAUAGCCAAGUGUGGCAAGUAUGGUAGCACAUGUCUGUAAUCCCAGAAAUGGGGGGUGGGGGUGGCAUAGGCAUUUUGAGAUCAGAGCCAACCUGCACUAGAUAGUGAAACUGUCUCAAGCAAAGGGGGGAAAUGAAGAUAAUGGUCAUAAAAAGUAAGUCAGGAACAAUCGUGGUGAACAUUUGAGACUGAGGGUAUAGCUCAGUGGUAGAGUUUGUGUCAGCACGCCAGAGGCCCUGAGUGCAACCACGAGUAUUACCCAGUGCUCAGAACUGGACAUAAUAAUGGUUGUGCCAUUUAUGGAGGCAGUGAGAAGCUCACUGACAACAUGAACUCAGUAUGCACGGUGUCCUGGGUUUGGAUCCUAGCACCAUAAAAAAAGGACAUAAAGGGAAAUUAAGUCAUUUCUAGCGGGGCAGUGGUAGCACACACCUUUAAUCCCAGCACUCAGGAGGCACAUGCCUUGUAUCCAGAGGCAGAAGCAGGAGGAUUUCUGUGAGUUCAAGGCCAACCUGUCUACAGAGUAAGUUUUAGGACAGCCAGGGCUAUUUAGAGACCCUGUCUUAAAUAAAUGGAUGGAUGGAUAAAUAACUAUAAUCUUUGAUUCUUACUUGCAAAAGAUAGUCUGACAAUAUGCUGAGUACCUGCCUCAACAGGCUGUAGGGAGAUGGAGAGAGAGUUACAGGACUAGGGAGAUGUCUUAGCAAAUAAGCACUUGCCACACAGGCCUGACAGCAUGAAUUUAGGUUUGGAUCCUCCAAACUCAGUAACAGAAGAGACUCUAAUUUCAGCUGAGCCUCUCCUGUGGGCUGGAAGGUAAAGACAGAAGAAUGCUGCAAAGCUCAGGGACUAGUUCUCUUAGCAUAUGCAGCAGUGAACCCUAUCUCAAGAUGGCAGGUAAGGGCUGGCACCCAAAAUUAUCUUUUGACCUCCACAUACAUGCACUGGAGUAUGUGUGCCUGAACACAUAUGGUAACGAAGAGAAAGUAACAUAAGUGUAAAUAAACUUGGGGUUACAGGCAUGUGCCACCAUAGGCAGUUGUGAAUAGUGCUGGGGACUGAACCCAUAGCUUCGUGCAUGCUAGGCAAGCACUCUACCAACUGAGCUACAUGUCCAAUGUUAGGAAUUUUUAAAUGCAUAAAAUUACCAAUAAUAGCAUAAAAAGUAGUAUUGGGAGGUGGGGGAAAGAUUGGGUGAUGGCGGCACACGCCUUUAAUCCCAGCACCUGGGAGGCAGAGGCAGAUACAUCUUUGAAUUCCAGGACAGCCUGGUCUACAGAGUGAGUUCCAGGACAGCCAAGGCUACACAGAGAAACCCUGUCUUGGAAAAAAAAAAAAAUACUGUGAGCAACUCUGUGCCAAUAAAUUUGAAAUUACUGUUUCCUAGAAGAUAUCUUUACCAGAUAGACAUAAAGAGAAAAAUCCAAGUAGCCUAAUCACAAUAAAUGUAAUCCAUAAAAAAUUAUCACAAAAAUGCCAAACACGGAGAAAUGCAACUAUGGGACCCUGUAAUCCCCAGUAAAAAGUUGGGAUAGCCAUAUUAACUAGGAGCCACUGAGGGCUCUCAAGUGGGAGAAUGCUGUAAUAUACUUAGGUUUCCUAGUGCUGAGGUUGGAACCCACCACCUUGUGCUGGGCUGCACUCCCAAGACCAGUCCUGCAUUUUUGAAGUCCGUUUUCUUGAAAUGCAUUAGGGUUUCAGUGAAAUCCACAAUGAGUCUUAAGCCCCACUAGAACAGUGAUUCUCAACCCUCCUAGUGCUAUGACCCUUUAAUACAGUUCCUCAGGGUGUGGUGAUGCCCAACCAUAAAAUUUCUUUUAUUGCUACUUCAUAACUGUAAUUUUACUGCUGUUCUGAAUCGUGAUUGAGAUGUCUGUUUUCUGAUGGUCUUAUGAAGGGUUGUUUGACCCCCCCCCAAAAGGGAUUGUGACCCACAGGUUUGGAACCACUGCCCUAGAAACUUCUAUCAGGCUGCAAAGCUGGAAGGAAGUGAACAGGUUUAGGAGUAGGUGAGGUCACAGAGUUAUGUGACUGGAGAAGGGGCAAGCAUGAGGUGUGAAACAUGGAGGCUAGCUAGGUUGUCAGUCAUUUGUGAUAAAAGCAGACUUGUGAUUGGGUAACAGUGUUAUAUGGUUGCUCUUUGUGGCCCUGCAAAGCUGAGAGAAGAGCCAGGAUCUACCAGAAGAUGAGCCAUUCUUCGGAAUGUGCAGGUUGGAGCUUCAGAGGUGGCUGAGCAGUUAAGAACAUUUGUUCUUGAAGAGAAUCCAGAUUCAGUUCACAGCAACUACAUGGCAGCUGUCUAGGACUACAGUUCUAGGGCAUCUGAAGCCCUCCCUCUUUAAAUAGCCAAGGAUACCAGGCGUGCCUGUGGUACACACAUAUAUGCAGGCAAAACAUGCACACAACAUAAAUAUUUAAAAAAGAAUGUAGAGGUGCCUGCAAGGCAUUGAGAGAAGUAUCCUGUAGGUAGGCCAUUGUAAGGGUACAAACCCAGGAAAGAUGAUCAACAAUGGAAGUCUCCCCAAGUUAUACUCCCAAUUUCAAGGCCAGCCACCAACCCAUUAGCACAUGAGCUCUCUGGGGUUGGCUUCCAACUGUAAAGUACUGAUAGCUGCUCCACAUCUCUCUCAAGGGAAACUGGGAUAAAGGUUGAAACAAAAGGACUUUAAAUUUAAAAAUAAUUACUUAUGAUGAACUAGCCAGGAGACAGGCCAACUUUGGUAGAAGUGUGACUGCUAUGUGCCUGUCUCUCUAGCAUCCAGAGACCAGUGCGGAGCUCAAGAUGUGCCAGAGGAUAUAUUUGUGAGUCUACAAAGAACUGAUUUGCCUGUGAGGUAGUCCAUGCCUAUAAUCUCAGCACCCUGCCAGAGUAAGGCAGGAGGAUCACCACAAAUCUGAGGCCAGCCUAGACUUCAUAGCCUCUAAAAAUAAAGUUUUUCUGUUUUUCCA